CGCAACCUCUCCCGAUUAAGACUGAAAGAGAGAGAGAGAGAAUUACAGAGAAGAGACAAAGGACGAAGAGAGAAUAAGGGAUACCCAUGAAGAGUUCAUUCGGUGGUGGUGGAGGAAUGGGUGGAGGGCGGAUGCUCAGUACUGCAAUCCGUUCUGCUCUUGGAGGAAAUGAAAAUCAAAAUGGUUUGUCAAAGACUAUUUCUAGCAACGCAAACAAGCACAACUCUCAAAUCCUUUCUUUAUCAUUAUCUUCUUCUUCGUCUGCUUCUACUUCACUCAACCUUCCCUUGUCGGGAACUUCUCCUACCGUGUCAAACUGGGCUUCUCGUGCUUCUUCCUACUUCUGUGAUGGUGAUGAUUGGGAAUGGGAAUCUGUCAAUGGAAACGACGACCAAGACAGAGGAGACAUGAUUUUUGAUAAUUAUUAUGCUUUUGGUGCUGUUCCUUCUCAGGAAGAAGUUGAAGAUGCCGUCUCCUCUCUUAAACAGAUUGUUGCUCCAGCCUUAUAUUCACGAUUCUGUGAAGAUAGAAGUUCUUCUAGUUCGGACAAGCAUGUAACUGAUCAUACUGCAGAUCCAGCCAGGUCAGAGUUGGAUUGGAUUGAGCCCCCCCUGCAUCUUUACAAUCCAAGACUCUCUCAAUCUCAUCAGUAUGGACGGGUUUCUGAUGCUUUCCAUUUACUGCAGACAGAUCCAUCUAUUCAGAGAAUGGUCAUGUCAUUAUCUUCCGAUAAAGCAGUCUGGGAUGCUGUCAUGAACAAUGAGGUGGUGAAGGAGCUCAAAGAGUCAGUCUGCAUAGCUGAAGAUGCUAAUUCCCAGAGGUCUGAUGAAAGUCCAGACACAGCAGCAGGCCUACUGAAGUGGAUAUUAGACAACAGUAAGGCAAAAGUUCUGGAACUAAUUGAGAAGCUUAUAAAGCUUGUGAAUGAGGUGUUUCAACCUGAGCAGAAGAAGAACAACACAGCAGCAACCACAGAUCUCUUUGAAGCCAGGCUGAGAGCCUCUCUGCUACUCUCCAUUGUGGUUCUCCUUAUUGUGGUGGUGACUCGAGCCCACAGGGUGUAAAUUUGAAGACAUGAAACAGAUUUCAUUCAAUCAUUCGACGACAUGAAACAUGGGAGUCGCUUUGCUGUCCAUCUCCCUACUUUUAUGUAUAUAUCAUUCCUUUAUUAAAAAAAAAAAAUCUGAAUUUCUUACAUGCUUGUAGUUAGUUGUAGAUCCCCUCCUUCCCUCUCUCUAUUAUUGUAUAUUUAGCUUCAAUUGUUACAUUAGGAUUAUUGGAUAUUUAGCGUCAAUUGUUACAUUAGGAUCAUAUGGGCAGUAAUUUACAAGUUUUAGCUCAAACAUAAUAGCUCAGCCUACUCUUUGAUUUACUAUCAGAUAAAAGAUUAAAGUUGAGCAAAAGGUUCUUUGGCCGGCCCA